AUGGAGGAGGCAGCAGGCAGCCUGCCUCCGCUCUUCUUCGGAACUUUCCAGCUGAGAGGAGAGGAGGCCUCUCGAGCUACUCAGCAGGCGAUGGAGCUGGGCUACCGCGCCAUCGAUACCGCAUCCAUCUACAGGAAUGAGGAGGACAUCGCCAUGGGCCUCGCUGCGUCCGGCGUGAGGCGAGAGGAUGUGUUCAUAACCUCUAAGCUCGCUCCCAACGAGCAGGGCUACAGCAAGGCCAUGUCGGCCCUGACCUCCUCCCUCCAGAGGCUCAACACCUCCUACCUUGACCUCUACCUCAUCCACUGGCCGGGAGCAGCCAAGACGCCGUUGGAGUCUCCUGCGAACAAGCGGCUGCGGCUGGAGAGCUGGCAGGCUCUCGAGGAUGCACUGAAACUCGGGAUGAUUCGAAGGGCGGGAGUGAGUAACUUCUGCGUCCGUCACCUGCAGGAGCUGCUCGCGUGCUCCGAGCUUGUUCCCUGCGUCAACCAGGUCGAGCUACACCCAGCUUGCUUCCAGGAGGAGCUCCUACGUUUCUGCGAGGCCCACAAGGUUCAGGUACAGGCAUACUCUCCUCUUGGAUCUCCCGCAGGCGUGCAGUCGCUGCUUUCUAAUGCAGACGUGCUCCGAGCGUCAAAGGAGGAGGGGGUCUCAGCUGCCCAGGUUCUCAUCCGAUGGGCCAUGCAGACCUGCGGCUCUGCAGUAGCCAGAUCUUCGAACGAGCAGAGGCUGGCAGAGAACCUAGAGACGACUCAGGUAUUCGAGCAUGACGAGUCGACUGACACCCAAGGGAACCGCCUCGUGACCAAAUACUGCUGGGAUCCCUCAGGAGUUGCAUGA